GUUUUCUUAUUAUCCUGUCCUGUCUGUCUCUGAUCCUGCAUCUGCCUCAGGGAGUUGCAGGAUCUUGUUCUCCUGAAAAAAACGCUGCCUGGCCACGGCCGUGGAGCACGGGUGAUGAGCGCAGCAGCGAUGCGCGUCAGGCCCGAAUAAAAGACAGAAAGUACCAAGGCCGUUAUGAACGAUCGUGUGUUAAAUAUAUUUUGGUGAGAAUGUUUGCUUUGAGAAUGUUACUGUGGCCGAGCGCAAGACGCAGAUGCUGCUGGAGCGCAUGAGCGCUCUGUCUCUGUUCAUCUUCUCCGCUCAAAAGAAUCCUUGAUGCUGGGAGUCCAUAAUAUGGUAGAAACUUGAACUUUUUUUGGGCCCGUAAAUGAUGGUUUAGCAAUAUUGUCCAGGGGCAAAUAUGGAAAUAUUUUGGAGAAUGGUGGUUCAGGGUUGGAGAGAUGGUCAAAUUAAUUACGUCCUUUACUUUUAACACGAGCUAAUUUUCCCGGCCCUAAAAAUAUACACAUUAUCUCUUUAAACAGACACCCCAAAAGGCCAGUAUGGCGUUUUCUUAGUAAUAUAAUAACAAACAAGCUCUUCAAGAGCUUAAUAGCAUCAAUAAAAAUAAAGAUAGUAUUUCCUCCUAAUUUAAAUGAGGUUUCUUAUGGUGAUAAUAAGCUGACAACAUAAAUGCUUUAUGAUUUUAUAUCUCAUUCAUGCUCUAGUUUUUCUGUAGACAGUGAGGAGAUUUCAGAGGGUUAAUCUCCACCAUCGUCACGGCUUGUGAUUGUUUAUCUUUCUUCUCUUUUGUUUUCCUUUUUCUGGUGAUGGCAUAAAAUGUUGAGACGGGGCCAAACUGUUGCUCUGUGCACGUCCUCUUGUCUCAUCACUGCUGGCCUGCCCCGUUCGUCCCUUUUCCCUGACAGUGUCCAUCUUUCCCUCCCUUCUUCUCCCUCUGCUGCUGCAUUCUUCUGAUCUUUUCCUCUCUUGCUGGACAUAGAGUGACCAAAGCAGAUUAGAGAGGGAUAUCACAGCCCGCUUUGCACUGUUACCCUCGGACUGUGUCCUCUCCUCUUUGUCCUUUUUUGGGGUUUAUUGCUUCCUCUAAUGCUUAAAGAUGGCAGAACCUGGACUUAAACUCAGAGAUGAACAUGACGCAGUACAGAAGAAAACAUUCACCAAAUGGAUCAACGCGCAGUUCUCCAAGACAGGAAAGACACCUAUAAAAGAUCUAUUUUCUGAUCUAAGGGAUGGUAGGAAGCUGCUGGACCUGCUGGAGGGUCUCACCAAUACAGUCUUGACCAAAGAGCGAGGCUCCACCAGAGUCCACUCCCUCAACAACGUCAACAAAGUUCUACAAGUUCUGCAUCAAAAUAAUGUGGACCUGGUAAACAUCGGGGGUACAGAUAUUGUAGAUGGGAACCACAAGCUGACCCUGGGUCUCAUCUGGAGUAUCAUCCUUCACUGGCAGGUGAAAGACAUCAUGAAGGACAUCAUGUCCAACCUGCAGCAGACCAACAGUGAAAAGAUCUUAUUGAGCUGGGUCCGACAGUGCACUCGCCCAAACCCUGAAGUCAACGUACUGAACUUUACCACGAGCUGGGCUGAUGGACUGGCGUUCAAUGGCAUCCUUCACCACUUCAAGCCCGAUGCAUUCAGGUGGGAUCAGGUGCUCAAGAUGAGUCCAGUGGAGAGACUCGACCACGCCUUCACGUUAGCCAAAAAUCAGCUGGGCAUCGAGAGGCUUCUGGAUCCUGAAGAUGUGGCGGUGCAGUUACCAGAUAAGAAGUCCAUCAUCAUGUAUGUAACCUCGCUGUUUGCCGUGCUUCCCAAAGACGUGAGCAUGGAGGCCAUCAGGGAGGUGGAGACCCUGCCUCGCCGGUACAAAGUGGAGGCCGAGACCUCUGGUCCAGGACUCGGCAUGCAGAACGUGGCAACCGAGGAGGCAAGCAGCAGCAGCAGCCCACGUCCGGAGACCCUCAGCACCCUGACAGAGUCCGGGGCGGAGAUGGAGGGUAUCCUGGAGGCAGACCUUGAUAAUUAUCAGGCGACUCUGGAGGAGGUUUUGACGUGGCUGCUGUCCGCUGAGGAUGCUCUACAGAUGCAGGACGAGGUGUCGGACGACGUGGAAGAAGUAAAGGAGCAGUUCCACACGCACGAGGCCUUUAUGAUGGAGCUGACGGCUCAUCAGAGCAGUGUGGGAAACGUGCUGCAGGCGGGUAACCAACUGAUGGCCCAGGGCAGCCUCACAGAGGAGGAGGAAGAUGAAAUUCGGGAGCAGAUGACCCUCCUCAAUUCCCGCUGGGAGGCCCUCAGGGUGGCCAGCAUGGACCGCCAGGCCAGGCUUCAUGAAGUUCUGAUGGAUCUUCAGCAGCAGCAGUUACAGCAGCUUUCUGAUUGGCUGACGGUGACGGAGGAGCGAAUCAAAAAGAUGGAAACUCAACCAGCAGCUGCAGACCUGGAGGGCUACAGAGAACAGAUAGAAAACCACAAAGAGCUGCAGAAUGAUUUGGAGGCUGAGCAGGUAAAGGUCAACUCUCUGACCCACAUGGUGGUCGUGGUGGAUGAGAACAGCGGUGAGAGCGCCACUGCUGCUCUUGAGGAACAACUACAGUCUUUGGGGGAACGCUGGGCAGCCGUGUGCCGCUGGACAGAAGAAAGGUGGCAGAAGCUGCAGGAUGUUUUUCUGGUUUGGCAGCAGCUUCUGUCAGAUCAGAGUUUGUUCAGAGAGUGGUUGUUUGACAAAGAAGCAACCUUAGACAUUCAGACCAGCAACUUUAAAGACCCCGGUGAAAUCAAUUCUUAUGUGCUUCAGUUAACAGUUUUAAAGGAGGACAUGGCGAAAAAGAGAAGAACGCUGGACAAGCUGUCUGAGGCAGGACAGGAUGUGAUGCAGCUGCUGCAAAGUUCUGAGGUAGGAGCUAAGAUCGAGGCCGACACUGAAGAGCUGACUCAUCGAUGGGACAAUUUGGUGCAGAAGCUGGAGGACUGCUCGUUCCAGGUGAUGGAGGCUGUAACGGAUGCUGGAAUGACUCAAGUUGUAGAGCAGGCCACGGUGGAGAUGGACGCUACGGCUUCUUUCACUCUGGAGCAGGACUCGUCUGAACCUGCCCCCCCUAAGAGGCGACUGGUGGAGACCGAUGCAGAAAUCAGAAAAGUGUUUGAAAACAAACUUUCUGAUUUACUGAGCUGGAUGAAAACAUGGAAGACAUCUGCUCAGGCUCUUGCCUCCACUCCUCCUGAAGCCACGCCAGAAAUGCCAAAUCUCCAGGAGAAACUAGACGGUCUGGAGUUGGAACUCAAAUCAAAGGAAAGAUCAGUUCACCAGGUGAUAGAGGGGGGGCGAAGCCUGAUGGAGCAGCUAGAGAGAGAGGCCGUGAGCGUGGACUCUGUGAGGGAAAACGUGGAUCUGAUUCAGACCGAGUGGGACGUCUGUGCACGUGAGCUGCAGGCUGCUCGUGAUCGGGUUCACACUCAGACUCGGGUCAGAGCAGUUUCUGUAGAACUCGCAGACGUAAACCAGCUGUUGCAGAAUCAGGACCGGUGGCUGGAAACGACCCCAUCGGUUCAAACGUUGGAUGACGUUGAGCUCAGAAAACUAAGUGGAGAAUGUCAGACACGACUUGGUCAAAUCGCAGCAUUGACUCCACGACUCGAGCGCCUGUCCACAGAGGCAGGGACACUGGGAGCGGUGCCUUCUCUGAAAGACAGCCUGGUGGUUGUUUCUGCACACCAUGCCUCCACACUGCAGCAGCUGCAGAGCAGAGAACAGGAAGCGAAGGAUGCCUUAUCGAGUCUCAAAGCCUCCCAGGCGGCUCAGAAGGGGUUGGAGGGUCUGGAGAGCAGGCUGGCUACUCUGAAGGAAAGUGUAGUGGACGUACACACUGCAGAGGCCGCGGUGGAGCGAGCACAGGGUCUGUGUCUGGAGAUCGAGCAAACGCAACACGCCUCUGACCCGGCCGAACUACAGAAGUGGAGUCAGCUCUCAUCCAGGGUCCGUGAGGAUCACAGCACUCUGCAGUGCAUUCUGGGUAGCAUGAAGGACAAUCAGGUGUGUUCGGAAAAAACAGAGUCGUGGUUGGAUGGCGUUCAGGAGCUGUUGUCCCGGGAUGCCACGGGCCUAGAAGGCCGAGAGAACCUACAGGAAGAGAUAAAUCAGUGCAAAGAGUAUGUAGAUAAGAUGGAGCUGGUGGAACGUUCGCUCAAGCAGAUAGAAGAAAACGUGAAAGCGGUGCAGGCGACUGCAGUACCAGGACUGACCAGGUGGGGGCAGGAUAAUCUGAAUGAGCUCGAAGGAAGAUGGGCACAACUCAGCAAACAGAUCCUGAGGCAUCAGGAGUGUUUGGCAGAGACUCACGAGAAGCAGGUGAAUCUGAAGAAAGACUUGGCAGAGAUGCAGGAGUGGAUUGCUCAAGUUGACGAAGAGUUCCUCAUGCGAGACUUUGAGUACAAAAGUCCUGAGGAACUGGAAGCUUCGCUGGACGAGAUGAAGCGAGCGAGAGAGGAUGUGCUUCAGAAAGAGGUGAAAGUGAAGAUCCUGAAAGACAGCAUCAACCUGAUGGUGUCUCAGACGUCGCCCCCUGGUGGACGCUUUGGACAGGAGCUGACCUCGGAGCUCAACGGUGUCCUAGCCAGCUAUCACAAGCUUUGUGACCGACUCAAGAGCAAAUGCCACACUCUGGAGGAGGUCUGGUCCUGUUGGAUGGAGCUGCUUCAGUACCUGGAUCUGGAGCAGAGCUGGCUCAGAACGGUGGAGGAGAAACUACAAGUUACUGAAAACCUGCCUGAGAGCCCCGAGGCUGUUAAUGAGGCUCUGGAGUCUUUGGAGAGCGUGCUCCGCCACCCGGGGGACAACCGGACACAAAUCAGAGAGCUGGGUCAGACGCUGAUAGACGGGGGCAUACUGGAUGAGCUCAUUAGUGACAAACUUGAGGCCUUCAACUCCCGCUACGAGCAGCUCACCCAUCAGGCGGUGAACCGGCAGGCCGGCCUCGAGCAGCAGCUGCAGACGCUGAAGGAGAAUCAGCAGGCUCUCCAAACGCUGCAGGAGUCUCUGAGCCAGCUGGACCACACACUCACCUCCUACCUCACUGACCGCAUAGACGCCUUCCAGCUCCCCCUGGAGGCGCAGACCAUCGGUGCAGAGAUCGCAGCCCAUGAGGUGACACUGGAGGAGAUGAAGAGAAGGAAUGUGGUUAAUUUACCUCCUCCUACCUCAGAUGGAAAAGCAGCCCGUGGUGGGACUAUGCUGGACCAGCUGCAGAGGAAACUGAGGGAGAUUUCCACUAAGUACCAGCUGUUCCAGAAGCCUGCUAACUUUGAGCAGCGCAUGCUGGACUGUAAGAGGGUCCUAGAAGGUGCUAAAGCUGAGCUGCAUGUUCUGGAUGUGAAGGAUGUGGAACCAGAAAAAAUCCAGCCCCAUCUGAGUGGCUGUAUGAAACUGUACAAACUGCUGAGUGAGGUGAAGCUUGAGGUGGAGACGGUGAUAAAAACAGGCCGUCAGAUUGUGCAGAAACAGCAGACGGAGAAUCCCAAAGCCAUGGACGAGCAGCUCACGGCUCUCAAACUCCUCUAUAAUGAGCUGGGGGCUCAGGUAACAGAAGGCAAACAGGACCUGGAAAAAGCGCUGGCUCUGUCUCAGAAGUUCCACAAAGAGAGCGCUGCCCUGCAGGACUGGCUGACCACCAACGAGACCCAGCUUCAACAGAAGAACAGCAGUGGAGACAUGCCAGCUGACAUAGAUCCUGAGAUUACGUGGGCUAAUGGCCUCCUGAAGGAGUCAGAGCAUCGUAAGGCAGAGCUGUCCAACCUGAUGGAGGUCAGUGCGGGGCUGCAGACUUUGGUGGAAGGCAGCGAGGCUCAGCUGGAGGCCAAACUCUGUGACCUCAACGAAUCCUGGGACCGCGUGCACACCUGGACCGAGGACUGGCUCAGCGCUGUUCUGAGUCACCAGAAUGAAGUGGAGAUUUUUGAUGAGAACUUGGCUCACAUCAGCACCUGGCUCUACCAGACUCAGAUCCACCUGGAUGAGGUCGAGCGGUUGCCUCCAGCAGAAAGACAAAACGUAUUAAAGAGCACGCUGGAGGAGCUGGAGGACAUCACUCUGCGUGUGGACAAUGUGAGGGACCAAGCUGUUAUACUGAUGACCAGCAGGGGGCCUGCUUGUCGGGAUGUGGUGGAGCCAAAAUUGUCAGAGCUCAACUGUAACUUUGACAAAGUUUCCCUGCACAUCAAAACUGCACAGAUGAUGGCCAGUCUGGAGUCAGCAGGUGUUGAGAUGAAUCAGCAGGUCACUCACGGUCAGGAGAUCCGAGCGCAAAGUCAGACUCACCCUGCUAAAGCUGCAUUCCCAGCAGACGUGAAGGACCUUCAGGCAGAGUUGCAGAACACUUUGAAGGCUCUGCAGCAGCAGCAGGAACCAGUAAGCAUCCUGGAUGAUGACAAGAUGGAUGAGGAGAAAGCUGGUGUGGAAGACUUGCUGCGGCGAGGAGAAGACCUGCUGCAGCAAACCUCAGAUGAGGGCCAAAGGGAGGAGCUGAAAGUGAUGCUGCUGCGGCUGCAGGGCCAGUACUCAGCUCACAGGGAUCUGCGACGAGUUAGGCAGGUUACAGUCUCAGUAGGCUCAUCAUCUUCUCAUAGGUUCAGAGAGCAAGCAGAGGUCCCUGUAGAGGAGAUGUCUGCUGCUGGGCGCUGCAGCAGCAAGUUGGCGAAUCUCUCUGACUACCUGUUAGAGAUCAACAAAGCUCUGCUCUCCAUGGCUGACAACGAGCUGCUCCUCAACUCCUCUGAACUCAGCGGGGGGCUUUAUGAAGACUUUUCUAGUCAGAAGGACACGCUGAAGAAUAUUAAAGAGAAUCUGGAGCAUUUGGGCGAGCAGAUCACAACAAUUCAUGAGCGUCAGCCGGAGGUUAUCCAGGACGCUUCCCCUGAAGAGGUGGCCCAAAUGGGAGAUGCCCUCACGCAGCUCAACGCCGAUUGGGACCGGCUAAACCGCAUGUACAGUCAGCGCAAAGGGAGCUUUGACCGUGCCACAGAGGAGUGGGGGCGGUUCCACUGCGCCCUGAGGGACAUUUCUCAGUGGCUCACAGAGACGGAGACACUUCUGUCUGAAAGCGUCGGCCCAGACGGUGACCUGGACCUGGACUCUGCUCGGCAGAGCCAAGAGGAGCUGGAGGACGGCCUCGCCAGUCACCAGCCCAUCCUCGCUGGACUGACUCGCUCUGGGGAGCAGAUCGUUGGGAAGCUUUCAUCUCCAGAUGGGCCCCUGCUGGAGGAGAAGCUGGAGAUUCUGGGUCGGCGUUGGAGAGCCGUUAACCGCCAAGUUCUGGACAGACAGCGCAGGUUAGCUGGAGACGAUCCAGCUCUGUCUGACCUGGUGAAGAGGAGUGAGGAGCUAGCUGUGUGGCUGGAACAGGCAGAAAACGCUGUUUGCUUCCUGCCUGUUUCCACUACUGACAAAAACCUUAAAGAUCUCAAGACUCUCGCUGAGGAAAUGGACACUCAGAACGAACGUCUUGGUUGGCUGAACAAACACGCUCCCCACAUCUUAGCUAGUCCCAGUUUGAGUCCUCAGGACAGAGACAUGAAUGUUGGGAAGCUGAGAGCCAUCAACCUCAAGUGGAGCAAGGUGACUCACGAGCUGCUGGACAAGGUGGGGGAGGUGGAGGCCAACCUGCAGAGUCACACGGUGUUCCAGGAGGGGAUGAACAAGCUGACGGAUUGGGUCGUCAUCACGAACCAGACCAUCGCGACCCGAGGCCUGAAUCCUGGCCAAGCUCAGGCUCUGGAGGUGUCGAUGAAGGACAGGAAGCAGGAUCUGGAGGACCUGCUGGCUCAUUCCAUCGAGCUGCAGAGAGAACAGCAGCUGCUUCCAGAGGAGAAGAGGAAAGUGGAGCAGCUGGCUGCUGAUUGGAAAGUUCUAGACAGCCACCUGAGGGAAUCUCUCCAUGCACCCGUGUCUCCAUGGACACAUCAUGUUGUACAACACCAGCAGCUUGGUGCUGCGGUGCCCUCCGCUGUUCAGAUGGCCAGCUUGGCAAGUGAGGAGCCCCACCACCGGACCCCCCACACACCAGACACCGUGGCGCCCACCGACCUGAACCAAACAGCCACCGAACUGAACGACUGGCUUCUCCUCAUCACCCAGAUGCUCAAGUCUAAUAUAGUCACUGUGGGGGACACGAACGAGAUCAGGACGACCAUGGGGCGUCUUCAGGUGACAAAGAGGGACCUGGAGCAGCGCCAUCCUCAGCUGGAGGACAUCUUCACCCUGGCACAGAACAUUAAAAACAAAACCUCUAGUCUGGACAUUCGCACAUCUAUCACUGAGAAAUUGGAGAAAGUGCACAGCCAGUGGGACAGCACUCAGCACGGUGUUGAAGCUCGCCUCCAGCAGCUGGAUAACAUGAUCGCCCACAGCAACCAGUGGGAGGAGAAGAGGAAGGAGGUGAAGGCCCUCAUCGCAAACGGCGAAGGACGUUUCCACCACCUCCUUCAGCGGGCCGGCGAUCCCCUGACAAAACAGCUGGAAGACUGCAAGGAAGUUUCCCAAACUCUGGGUCGAGACCAGGCCGCCAUUACGGCCUUCACCGAUCUGUCCAAUCACCUCUCACGAGAAUAUUCUUUGGAUGACACCAGGAGGGUCAGUGAGGUCACAGAGAAGCACAGUGCAGCCUGGAGCAGCGUCAACAGCAGGGUGAACAACCGCCGCGCCCAGCUGGACGCCGAUUUAAAGGGAGUCCAGGGGUCUCUCCGGGAGCUAGAGUCCUUCCUCAGAUGGAUCCAGGAGGCUGAGACGACCAUCACCGUCCUGUCCGACUUCUCACAGAGGGAGGAUCUGUUGCAGGACCCGGCUCACGUGAAGGAGCUGAGGCGACAACUGGAGGACAUCCAGGCUGAGAUUGAUGCCCACAAUGACAUCUAUAAGAGCGUGGAUGGGAACAAGUCCAAGAUGGUCAAAGCACUGGGCAACUCGGAGGAAGCCGUGCUCCUCCAACACAGACUGGAUGACAUGAACCAACGCUGGAGCGACCUGAAAACCAAAUCAGCCAACAUUCGAGCCCACCUCGAGGCUAGCGCUGAGCGCUGGUCCCGUCUUCUGGGACUCCUGGAGGAGCUGUGGCACUGGAUCUGCAUGAAGGACGAAGAGCUGGCCAAGCAGAUGCCCAUCGGAGGAGAUGUGCCCACCCUGUUGCAGCAACAGAACCACUGCACCGCUUUGAGCUCUGAAUUGAAGGAACGAGAGCAUUUGGUGAUCAGCACUUUGGACCAGGCCAGAACUUUUCUUGCAGAUCAACCCAUCGAGGGUCCUGGAGAGCCACGCAAGAAUCAGCAGCCUAAGACUGCAGAUCUCACCCCAGAGGAGAAGGCCCGAGGACUGGCCCGAGCCAUCCGCAAACAGACCGGUGAGGUGAGGGAGCGCUGGGACCGUCUGAAGGGACAUGUGGGCGGCUGGCAGGGUCAGGUGGAGCGAGCUUUGGAUCGACUCCAGGACCUGCAGAGCUCCAUGGACCAGCUGGACCUGCGGCUGACUCAGGCAGAGGAGGCCAAAGCCACCUGGCAGCCCGUCGGCGAUCUGCUGAUCGACUCUCUCCAGGACCACAUUGAGAAAACUAUAGCCUUCAGGGAGGAGAUCACACCCCUCAGUCAGGACGUCCGGGUCGUCAACGAGCUCGCUGCUGAGCUCACGCCGCUGGACAUCCAGCUGUCGUCCACAGCCUCCAGACAACUGGACCAACUCAACAUGAGAUGGAAGUUUCUACAGGUAGCAGUUGAGGAAAGACUCAAACUCCUGCGGGAAGCGCACAGAGACUUCGGCCCCUCCUCCCAACAUUUCCUCUCCACAUCUGUACAGCUCCCGUGGCAACGAGCAGUUUCUCAGAAUAAGGUUCCUUAUUACAUCAAUCAUCAGACGCAGACAACCUGCUGGGAUCAUCCAAAGAUGACAGAGCUCUACCAAUCACUAGCGGACUUGAAUAACGUGAGAUUCUCGGCAUACAGAACGGCCAUGAAGAUCCGCAGACUACAAAAGGCUCUGUGCUUGGACCUGCUGGAUCUCAGCGUUGCCCAGAGCACCUUCGAGCAGCACAAGCUCACCAACAACAACCACCUGCUCUCCGUUCCCGAUGUCAUCAACUGCCUGACGUCCAUCUACGACGGCCUGGAGCAGGAGCACAAAGACCUGGUCAACGUCCCUCUCUGUGUCGACAUGUGUCUCAACUGGCUACUCAACGUUUACGACACUGGUCGCAGUGGGAAAAUCCGCGUCUUGUCCAUGAAGAUCGGCUUGCUCUCGCUCUCCAAAGGACACUUAGAAGACAAAUACAAAUGUCUCUUCAGCCAGGUGGCAUCAGCAGGCGACACGUGUGACCAGCGACAGCUCGGCCUGCUGCUCCACGAAGCCAUCCAGGUCCCGAGGCAGCUGGGAGAGGUGGCGGCGUUCGGGGGGUCCAACAUUGAGCCCAGCGUCCGCAGCUGCUUUCAACACGUGCACAACAUGGUGGAGAUUGAGCCUCGACAGUUUGUCGACUGGAUGCGUCUGGAGCCUCAGUCCAUGGUCUGGCUUCCUGUCCUGCACAGAGUGGCUGCUGCAGAGACGGCCAAACAUCAGGCUAAGUGCAACAUCUGCAAGGAGUGUCCCAUCGUUGGGUUCAGGUAUCGCAGUCUGAAGCAUUUCAACUACGACGUUUGUCAGAGCUGCUUCUUUUCCGGGCGCACCGCCAAGGGCCACAAGCUCAACUACCCCAUGGUGGAGUACUGCACACCGACAACAUCAGGCGAGGACAUGAGAGAUUUCACCAAAGUGCUGAAGAACAAAUUCCGAUCUAAGAAGUACUUCGCCAAACAUCCACGCCUGGGUUAUCUGCCUGUUCAAACUGUGUUAGAGGGAGACAACAUGGAAACUCCUGUCACCCUCAUCAGCAUGUGUCCGGAGCAGUAUGAGCUGUCCCAGACACCCCAGCUCUCUCAUGACGACACCCACUCCAGGAUAGAGCAGUACGCCAGCAGGUUGGCUCAGAUGGAGCGAUCCAACGGCUCUCUGCCCACCGACAGCAGCUCGGCCACGGGAAGCAUGGAUGACGAGCACGCCCUGAUCAUUCAGUACUGCCAGACUCUGGGAGGGGAGGGCUCUCCGUGCAGCCAGCCCCAGAGCCCUGCCCAGAUACUGCAAGCUGUGGAGAGGGAGGAGCGGGGCGAGCUGGAGCGCAACAUCGCCCGUCUGGAGGAGGAGCAGAGGAUGCUGCAGAGGGAGUAUGAGCAGCUGAAAGAACAGCACGGCCAUCGAGGGGCCCCGGCUGGAGGCCACUGGGAGUCGGAGAGCUCCACCGCUCACCCCAACGAGGCCGACCUGCUGGCUGAAGCCAAGCUGCUGCGGCAACACAAAGGCCGGCUGGAGGCCCGCAUGCACAUCCUGGAGGAACACAACAAGCAGCUGGAGUCUCAGCUCCACCGCCUUCGACAGCUGCUGCACCAGCCGGAGGUAGACUCCAGGGUAAACGGUGCAUCCUCUCCUACUGUACAAGACAGAGGACCACCCACUGAAAACUCAGAUGAGCUGCUGGACCCACACAACAGCAGCUCUGACCUGGCAGAUGUAAUGGAGCAGAUUAACAACUCCUUCCCUGCAUGCAGUCCCUCGAGCCUCUCAUCGAGACCACAGGUGAUGUGAGGACCAGCUGCACACGUGAACGCGAGACCAUUCCCAAACAAAACCCUUUUGUCCCGAACAUCCCAAAGACGCACAGGAGCAGACAGCCGGACUCAUUUGACCACCUUUAUCUUGUACUAUGCAACUGCAGAUUGUUCCUAAACUUGUUUUAGUGUUUUUAUCCUCAUAUUUCUAUGUGUGGUAAAAUAUUCUCUGCCUUGGGAUUUGAGAUCACUUUUUGACUUCUGCCUUUGACUGGGAAUCAGUUUGUCAUUCCGUGGCUAUUCUCUAGGGGUUUUUUUCUUCUUCUUCAAGGAUUAUCCACAAAUUAGUUUGUAGGUGAUCCACACAGUUGGUUUUAAAAAGAGAACAGGAUGCGUUAGAAACUGUACAGUCACCUCUGAAAACUGUCCUGUAGCAUGCUUGAUGUAAAAUUCCCCUUUAAAGCACCGGCGGCCUCUCCGCCUCGUGUCAACUUCACCCCCUUUGUGCCUAAAAAGACGGAGACAGCAGCUGAAUCACACCAGGACUGUGUAUAAAGAUUAUAUAGAUUAAAAUCUGAAGUUGUCCUUAAUGUUGGAUCAUGAGCCUGUCACUAUUACGUAGAUGUUUUUAUUAUUAUUUUAGAGCUCUAUGUUGACAAAUCAGAGUAAAGCCAUGAUUGCCUUGCUACCUCAAACUCGUAGACACAGUUUUGUUGUUGUGGUUUGUGAUCCUUUACAGUCCGGUCUAGCAUCCGAAGCGGUAGCUUUGCUGUAUCGGUGUACAGCCGCAGCAAGUUCACGAAAUCCAACAGAGUUCUGGCUGUAGCGGAGCGACCUGCUGAAGCUAGUCUCACAUCACCCGCAGUUGUUUUUCCCUCUGGCCUUGGCGCACCGGCCCCUCACCGCGUCACGUUGUUGUGCUUCUUAUGCUGUCCUGUAAAACUCGUGGCACUGAACACUACUAUAACCUCGUCUGGCUGUAGAGUAACAACGACGUAAUGGUUACAGUCAUGGUGAACCGUAACUGGCAGAACUGUGUCGCUUCUCCUGAGGUAUGUAAAAUAGAUUCACCACACUACGUGUAAUAUGGCUACAGUGUUUUAUUCUAAAUAAAAAAGGUUUUAUAACAAA